AUGUCAUCCAUAAUUGUCAGUCGAAAAGUGAAUCCAAUCGGCUUCGGUUUGAUGGGUCUCACCUCACGCUCCUAUUCCCCUUCUUUCGACGAAUCCGUCAAAGUAAUGAAACGCGCCCUCGAACUCGGGGCCACCUUCUGGAACGGCGGCGAAUUCUACGGACCUCCCAACUCCAACUCUUUACACUUGCUUGAAUACUACUUUCGCAAAUACCCCGAAGACGCCGAUAAAGUCACGUUAAGCAUCAAAGGGUGCUUUUCUCUUGUGGCUGGUGGUCCAGACAAUAGUCCCGAGGGCGUCCGUAAGAGCGUCGAGAAUUGUCUGUCUAUUCUGCAGGGCCGAGUGCCCAUCCACAUCUUCGAGCCUGCGAGGAUCGAUCCCAAGACACCUAUUGAAGAAACUAUCAAGACACUCGCCGAAUACGUCAAGGAAGGGAAAAUAGGCGGCAUAGGCCUCAGCGAAGCAGGCGCCGCUACAAUCCGUCGCGCACACGCCGUCCAUCCCAUUGCAGCCGUCGAACUGGAAUUGUCUCUCUUCACGCCGGACAUUCUCGCAAACGGCAUCGCAUCUACAUGCGCCGAACUUGGCGUUCCUAUAGUCGCUUACUCUCCUCUCGGAUGCGGGUUUUUAUCUGAUCGCUUCACAAAACUCUCGGACCUAGACGAAAAAGAAUUUCGAAGGCAUCAACCCCGUUUCCAACCGGGGGCGUUUGAGGCGAAUAUGCGUGUAGCUGAUCAAGUACGUAAAACUGCCCAAGCGCAUGUAGGUGUCACCACGGCACAGGUCGCGAUUGCUUGGGUCCUUGCGCAAUGCACGAAGAUCGGAUUACCGGAGGGCCUGGUCGUAAUACCAGGCUGCACGACGGUAGCGAGGGUCGAAGAGAAUUCGACAGAGAUACAACUCAGUGAAGCGGAGUUGGAGAGCCUCGACAAUAUUGUGAAGGAGAGUGAUAUCCAGGGGGGACGGUACGGUGAGGCUUUGGCAAGGCUUAUUAAUGGUUAA